CAGAGGGAAUAUAAACACAAGCAGGGGCAUCCAAAAGCAGACACAGGCUCAUACAGGUGGAUAAACAUCAAAAAAAAAAAGCCAGAAGACUUUUGGUCUUUUGCUUCUGGAUUAUUACCAAAACAAACUGACAAAAGGGACACCAGCUCAGGAUUAUGGCGCUCCUGAAGUCAGGCUGGUUGUGGAGACAGACUUCUGUCCUAAAACGCUGGAAGCUAAACUGGUGUGACCUGUGGAUCGAUGGGAGCCUUUGCUUCUACAAAUCAGACAACCGGCGAGAGCUGGAGCAUCGCGUCAGUCUGAAGACGGCAUGCAUAGAUGUGCAGUCCGGUCAGGAAUGUGGAGGUGUGACUCCACCAGAGAGUAAUCCCAGGGAGAAUCUCAUCGUGGUUCACCUCAUGCACGCCUCAACACUCAACCUGUGCGCCAACAGUGAAGAUGAAUCAAUAGCAUGGAAACUGACUCUACUACAGACCAGAAGAAACCCGGUGUUCACAUAUGACCCGUAUGAUGACUCCUAUCAGGCUGUCCCGCUCAACAGCUACCACACUGUCUACAUCACACCUGGAGUAGGACCAGGAACCCACCAGGUGGUUGUUCAAAGGGACCCGUUUGAUGGAGUGGUGGAGCAUCUAGCACUGGGAAUGCUAGCAGGAAUGGCAGCAGGGGCAGCCAUGCGGUCCUUCCUCUGGAUGCCCUUGUUUUUCUGCUGAGAUGACUGACAUUACUGACAGGACAGCAAAGCCUGCCUGUCACCAGAGCAAGGGAGUUGGACAUCUAACAGGCAUGUGUAGAACAGGCUUUUACAUCACAUUUGCUGUGAUAAAAAGCUGCUGCAGUGAUUCUUUUUUUUUUUUUAAUAUGAGCAUAUAAAACUUGGAUUGUCAUUCUAAAUGUGUAAAAUACUGAUGUUCUGUUAGAUGCUGGUGGUGCACAAGGUGCCCUUUGUUGUCUGUGCUUUGACAGAGUGGCUGAAGAGCAAACAUUACUCUUUUAAAGUGUACAGAAUCACAAGUUUGUUAGCCAGGAGACCGUGGCUCUAGAUGUUUCGGAGAUUUUUGCGCUUUGUUUUCAAUUGUUUCAUUUAUUUAUUUUGCUUUAAACUGUUAAAUUUAAGCACCAAAAACUACUUGUUUAGAUUUAUGCAUCAAAGCUCUUUAUUAGAUUUGGGAAACCCUGCAUGCUUAAAAACGAACUCCAAGAACGCCGAGGUGUCCGUUGCACAUGUCAGUACGUGACGAGCUGGGAAUGAAAAACCAGUCUCACUACUGCUAUAAACCUGCUGUGUGGCUGCACGGGCAGCAAAGAACACCUUGUGUAUGGUUUUGAAAAUGCAGGGAGUUUGACAAAACAGAUGCAAUGAAUGUAUAUGUUUCUUUUUGAUUUUAAAUGCAGCACGCUUUAUCCACUUAUGAGCCUGUACAAAGCAGGAAGUUGGUUUUGCAUGUGAAUGUUCGUUUACCUGCUGAAUUUUUCACUCUGUGUAGUUUGUAAGACAUAUUGAGAUUUUACUAGAAAAUAAGCAGACAUAUUAAAAUAAAAUGCUGUUAAUUAUAAUGAA